AUGAAUUUCAAACCACCGGAUUUACCUCUGUUUGCUAAGUUUGUCAUAAGCAUACUCGUAAGCAUUCUUGUUGCCAUAGCCAUCUUUGGAAAUAUUGCUGUGAUAAUUCUUCUAACCACGCACAGGCUGUGUUGGAAAAAUCGUUCUUCCACACACAAUGGACGAAAACCCCAAAUUACGGGACAUUCGGCCACAUGCACUUUUCUACUAAAUUUAAGUGUCGCAGACUUGUUACAUGUGGUGCUUUGUGCCCCGUUUACCCUCGUUUCAGAUUUUCUAUUAAUCUACUGGCCCUUUGGUGAAGCGCUAUGUCGGAUUGUGAAUUAUGCACAAGGUUUGGUUGUAUCCCUUUGCGCGUUCACCCAUGUCGUACUGUCAUUGGAUAGACUUACAGCUAUCAAAUGUCCGAUCUGGCGGCGACGAAAGUUGUCAUCUUUCGGAGCUCGAAUAAUUGUGCUUGGGAUAUGGCUAUGUGCAAUGACGAUACCGCUACCUUGUUUGUUUGUAUGCCAUGUGGUCAUUGGGCCCAUGGGAAAGACAUACUGUCAAGAGAUAUGGCCAAGGACACCUGAGAAUUACUCAAACUUUACAGCGUCGGACAGGUGGAAUGUUUUGCCAAUAAACGGUACCCCUUCAUAUGAACGGCUGCCUGAUUACCUCAGUUCGCCACUUGAGGUUGCCUAUGGAUUGACCUUAUUACUCUUUCAGUAUGCAAUCCCUUUGACUGUAAUAACAGGAACAUACCUAGCCAUAGUCUAUCGAAUAUGGGGCAAACGACCACCGGGGGAAUGUGAUGUUCAAAGAGAUGAAAAGAGGUCCACGGCAAAAAAGCGGGCGCAGUCCCCGGGUUUCCGUCAACCUUAUGUUCUACUUGAAACCAAAUUGCACGGAAUUAGCCUGAUGAGCCCCAAGAAGGACGAAACCGGUCAUUGGCUUCAGUUGAUUAAAAACAAACGUUUGCCAGAUGGUUGCUUGGGAUGUGUGCAGCUCAUCAACACCCAAAUUACUAGUAUUACUCCACCGAAUAACGAGUUAAGCAUACGAUCGCUCCUGAGCAAAAUAUUCUCAGCUGAUUAG